AUGGCGUCCCCGUCGCGGCUCCUGAUCCGCGGGGGUCGCGUGGUCAACGACGACUUCUCGCAGGUGGUCGACGUGCUGGUGGAGGACGGCGUGGUGCGCGCCGUGGGGCCCGACCUGCUGCCGCCUGGCGGGGUACCCGCGGGGCUGCGGGUACUGGACGCGCGCGGCCGGCUCGUCCUGCCCGGAGGCAUCGACACGCACACGCACAUGCAGUUCCCCUUCAUGGGCUCGCGGUCCGUGGACGACUUCCACCAGGGCACCAAGGCUGCUCUGGCAGGAGGCACCACGAUGAUCAUCGAUUUUGCCAUUCCUCAGAAAGGCGGCUCCCUCAUAGAGGCCUUCGAGACGUGGAGAAGCUGGGCUGACCCCAAAGUCUGCUGCGACUACAGCCUUCACGUGGCGGUGACGUGGUGGAGUGAGCAGGUUAAAGAAGAAAUGAGGAUUCUUACCCAAGAUAAAGGCGUUAACUCUUUCAAGAUGUUUAUGGCCUACAAGGAUCUGUACAUGGUGAGAGACACUGAGAUGUAUGCAGCCUUCUCUCAGUGCAAGGAAAUUGGAGCGAUUGCUCAGGUCCAUGCAGAAAAUGGAGACCUCAUUGCAGAGGGAGCAAAGAAGAUGCUGGCUUUGGGGAUAACUGGCCCUGAAGGCCACGAGCUGUGCCGCCCAGAAGCCGUCGAGGCAGAGGCCACCCUGAGGGCCAUAACCAUCGCCAGUGCUGUCAACUGCCCUCUGUACAUCGUGCACGUGAUGAGCAAGUCAGCUGCAAAGGUGAUAGCGGACGCAAGGAGAGAUGGGAGGGUGGUCUAUGGAGAGCCCAUAGCAGCAAGCCUCGGCACAGAUGGCACCCACUAUUGGCAUAAGGAAUGGCACCAUGCAGCCCACCAUGUCAUGGGCCCACCCCUGCGGCCAGACCCUUCAACUCCGGAUUUCCUCAUGAAUCUGUUGGCUAAUGACGAUCUGACCACCACAGGGACUGACCACUGUACCUUCAACACCUGCCAGAAAGCUCUGGGGAAAGACGACUUUACCAAGAUCCCCAAUGGGGUAAAUGGAGUUGAGGACCGGAUGUCAGUAAUAUGGGAAAAAGGCGUGCACAGUGGUAAAAUGGAUGAAAACCGAUUUGUGGCAGUUACCAGCACAAAUGCAGCUAAAAUCUUUAAUCUCUAUCCAAGAAAAGGAAGAAUAGCUGUAGGAUCGGAUGCUGACAUUGUGAUUUGGGACCCAAAAGCCACAAGAACUAUUUCUGCAAAAACCCAUCACCAGGCUGUGAACUUCAACAUCUUUGAGGGCAUGGUUUGCCACGGGGUACCUCUGGUGACUAUUUCAAGAGGCAAAGUGGUAUAUGAAGCUGGGAUUUUCAGCGUCACACCAGGAGAUGGGAAGUUUAUUCCUCGAAAGCCAUUUGCUGAAUACAUUUACAAACGAAUCAAACAGAGAGAUGCGACUUGCACACCUAUCCCUGUGGAGCGUGCACCCUACAAGGGAGAAGUUGUCACCCUAAAAUCCAAAGAAGAAUCAGCAUCUGGGAUCAGGAAGCAGGCCCACUCCUGA